GGUUCUUUGCGUCCUCUGUCCCGUUUUCCAACUACCUAUACUUAGUACCUAUACUUUUCUUUUUCAAGCAUGUGUAGCGCGAUAAUGACGUAAAAUGAGGUUAUGAAUAACGUUAUCCAUCGCCAAGACUUAUCACUGAAACAAUAUUCACUUUUGUUUUGUGCUAUUUCACAACUAUGCACCGAAACGAAUAAGUUCAGAGACAAAAUGUAAGUACAUACUCGUAUGUCAGGUGUAUAAAAACUGCUUAAAUAAUUCGAUCAUUUCACAAUGGCCCUCCACUCGAAACAAAUUUACUAUUUUGUGCUCUUGAUGAGCUCAAUUCAACUAUCCAAGUUACAUAAUCCAGAUAUAGAAGACUUUCUGCAAAUGGAGGCAAAUAUGAUAUCGAAGACACAGGACUACUUGAUGCAAGAGCAAAAGCGUCUAGAUGAAUUGCAAAUACAUCUACAAGACUGGAAGAAGUGGCGAAGUUACACUAUCGAUCAAGAAUCUGAGUACAUCGCGAUUCCUCAAAAUUUAUUCCACUUAUUUAAAAGGUUCACUUCGGAUCUACGCCAAUCUGAGAAGCUCGUGAUUAAAAACAGUUCCAACGAUGCCAGCGUUCUGUAUGAAAUCAAACAACCAACUGAAAAAGAUCUUGAAAGAGUCAUUUUGUCAUUUGUUGAUCUCCAAUACAAAUCUGACUUGAAACCUGAAGACAUCGUGAAUGGAACGAUAUUGGAUCUCCAAUUGGAUACAUCUGUGUCUCUGCACACGUGUUAUUUCAUUGGGAAAACAUGUUCCAAGUAUAACAAUCAUCAGUGUGCCACUGACUGGUUAGAGACAUGCCUGUCGUUAUCAUCUGAUCACGAAUUUAAUCUCACAAUUCACGAACUAAUAUAUCCUUCUUACAUUUUCUUAAAUCAAACAAGAAAUGCUUUCGAUCACAUAAACGCCUACGUAGAACACGAAAUUUACGAUUCCAUUGCAUUAGACGCAUAUUCAGAGAUAGGUUCCCAAUUGGAUGAGCUCGAUGACGAAGAUAUUUCAACUUUAGAAGCCCAACGAAUGUGCCGAGAAAAUCCUCCGAAUCCGAAUCAUUCGUCGCUUAAAUGCAAAUACAAUCGUGAGAAUUCUGCUUUUCUCAAACUAGCUCCAUUGAAAGAAGAAGAAGUCUCUCAUUACCCGAAGGUAUUACUGUACCACGAGGUACUUUAUGAUUCUGAAAUUGAAACUUUGAAAGCUGAAGCUACGAAAAAGAUGCAAGUAGCUUUACUGGUUGGUGCUAAGAGUAAUGGCACAGCAACGAGAGGAUUUGCUUAUCGAAUAAGCGAAUCAGCAUUUCUAAAUAAUAAAUUCUCAAGUUUACCUCAGUUGACUAAAAGAAUGGAAGAUAUUUCUGACUUAUCGAUAAGCUCCAGUGAAAGGUGGCAAGUAAUAAAUUAUGCACCUGGCGGAUUCUACUUGCUGCAUAGCGAUUAUUUAUCUGGAAAAGUCAGCAGCGUUAAAACCAGCGGCAAUCGUAUGAGUACGAUGCUAUUCUAUCUAAACGAAGUUACUUUGGGAGGAGAAACUGUAUUUCCUCGCAUAGGUGUAUCAGUAAAACCUACGAAAGGACUUGGGUUGGUCUGGCACAAUGUUCAUCCUGAUGGCUCGAAAAAUUUUCUGAUGAAUCAUAGCGCAUGCCCAGUCAUUAUAGGUCUGAAAUGGGGUUUUACACAAUGGAUGCGUUCACAUAACCAGACAUGUCUUCGAAAGAUCUAUGAAUAUGAUCCAAAAACCAGACGUGGAACUAAAUUAAAUUCAACAUCAAAGCAGAAAAAAGAGAACUCAUAUUAAUGUUUUGAAGAAAUCGCGAUCAGAAAAACGGCAAGAUUUACACAGAAACUGGAAAAUGAUUUGAACAAAAAAUUUUAUUGUCAUUUGUAGCCUAAAUAAAACAUUUAUUUA